GUCCGAUCAUCCAUCUUGCCAUCACCGUUCACCAAUCUUCUUCGUCUCCUCUCUCUCUCUUUUCUUUCUUUCUUUUGCUGUUUCUCGCUCCUCUCUCUCUGGAUCUCGCCGGCGAGCCGUUUCUCUUGGGUGUAAACAGUAGCAAUCAAGCUAUAGCAAUCGCUGAAUUAGCUGUUGGAUUUAUCCGCCUUUCUUCGUAAUCUGCGGGUUGGGUUUUAAGGUUUCAUCGUCUUAUUUCAUCUGUAAAUGGGCUGCUUCCACUCAAAGGCAGCAAGAGAAUUUCGAGGACACGAAGACCCUGUUAAGCUUGCCUCUGAGACAGCUUUUAGUGUGAGUGAGGUUGAAGCAUUGUUUGAGCUGUUCAAGAGCAUAAGCAGUUCGGUUGUUGAUGAUGGUCUGAUAAACAAGGAGGAGUUUCAACUUGCAUUGUUCAAAAGCCGGAAGAGGGAGAAUAUUUUUGCCAAUAGGAUAUUUGAUAUGUUUGAUGUUAAACGAAAAGGAGUCAUCGAUUUUGGGGACUUUGUCAGAUCACUCAAUGUUUUCCAUCCCAAUGCUUCUCUAGAAGACAAAAUAGAUUUUACGUUUAGGCUUUACGACAUGGACUGCACGGGUUACAUUGAACGCCAAGAGGUCAAGCAAAUGCUAAUCGCCCUUCUCUGUGAAUCUGAAAUGAAACUGGCUGAUGAAACCAUAGAGAUAAUACUCGAUAAGACAUUUGAAGAUGCAGACGUGAAUCAAGAUGGUAAGAUUGAUAAAUUAGAGUGGAGUGAUUUCGUUAACAAAAACCCAUCAUUGCUAAAGAUCAUGACUCUUCCAUAUCUCAGGGAUAUAACGACAACGUUUCCGAGUUUUGUCUUCAAUUCGGAGGUCGAUGAGAUUGCCACAUGAAGAAAACAAACUGGUUUAAGACCAGUUUCUUGAAAUUCAGAGCUGAUCGGUGUAAUCAACAUGAGCGUAAAACAAUUCAGAGCUGAUCGGUGUAAUCAACAUCUGUUUGUAAAACUAGUAGUAGAGCAUAUUUUCUUGAAAUUGUUUGGGUUCCUUUUUUUCUUCUCAGAACAGUUUUGAAAUUAUGUGUGUUUAGCUUACAAAAAGAAAAUGAGCGUAAUCAC